GUAGAGCGGAGGACUGUAGAGGCUCGAUGCUGGAAUCCUUAGGUCGCUGGUUCAAAUCCGGCUCGAAGGAAUUUUUAUUCAACCCAAAAGACGAUUAUUGUUUUAAUUUUUAUUUUAUUUUAUUUUUUUAAGUAGUCUGACCCAGCAUAAACUUAUAUUUGUGUCCGCUGCAUUAAAGGACGAUGUUGGCACUGGCAGCCUGUGACAUUUGCGUGGCGUCCCGCCUCCAAGGUCUUGGAGGAGUGUCCGCCGCUGCUUGAAGUGUUUCUCCGGAGAAAGGGAGAUGCUUCUCGGCCUCAUCGAUGGACCAGCCGCCGGUGAGUAAACAUCGACGAGGGGAAACUUCCAUCGUUAAUAGUUCAUUAGCACGCCGAGCCGGGGAGAACGACAAAGACGGAGAGACUACUCCAUGCCAGCAAUGGAGGACAAUCGGGGAACUGACGCCGUGGCUUCUGGAGUAGAACUGUGAGAGACCCGCCAGCCCUCCCACGCGUCUCCUUCAGGUGGCGACGGCGAGCGAAGAAGGCCGCCAUGCCCCCUCCCGCCGACGUGGUGAAAGUGGCCAUCGAGUGGCCCGGUGCCAAUGCUCAGCUCAUCGAGAUAGACCAGAAAAGGCCGUUGGCGUCAAUCAUUCGAGAAGUGUGUGACGGGUGGUCUUUGUCGGGCGCAGAACAGUUUGCUCUGCGAUAUGCUGACGGUCCUCAGCUUUAUAUCACUGAACAGAGCCGCGGGGACAUCAAGAACGGGACCAUCCUUCGCUUAGCCAUUUCUCCUGCUCGUGCUGCUCGUCAGCUGCUGGAGCGAAUCCAGUCCCACGGGAUUGACGCCCGUUUGGAGGCUCUCAAGGAGCUGGCCAAGCUGUCGGCAGACCCCACGUUUGCCGCCGAGUUCAUCAACAUGGAGGGCAUCGGAACCCUGGCCCGCUUGGUGGAGAGUGGCACACACUUUGGGGAGAUGUUGGCGUUCACCCUGACUGCCUUCCUGGAGCUGAUGGACCACAGCAUCGUGUCCUGGGAUCUUAUCUCGCUGUCCUUCAUCAAGCAGAUUGCAGGAUACGUGAACCAGCCCAUGGUGGACGUGUCCAUCCUGCAGCGGUCCCUGGCCAUCCUGGAGAGCAUGGUUCUCAACAGCCACAGUCUUUACCACCGAGUGGCCCAGGAGAUCACCGUGGGACAACUCAUCGGGCACCUGCAAGUGUCAAACCAGGAGAUUCAGACCUACGCCAUCGCACUCAUCAAUGCUCUUUUCCUCAAGGCGCCCGAGGACAGGCGGCAGGGGGAGUACUCCAACCCGCUGGAGCAGCACCUGACUGAAAUGGCGAGCACUUUGGCCCAGAAGCACCUGCGAUCCAUUAUACUUAACCAUAUCGUCAGAGGGAAUCGACCAAUCAAAGCAGAGAUGGCCCAUCAGCUGUACGUGCUCCAGGUCUUGACCUUCAACCUUUUGGAGGAGCGGAUGAUGACCAAAAUGGACCCCAACGACCAGACUCAGAGAGACGUCAUUUUUGAGCUGCGGAGGAUUGCCUUUGAUGGAGAAAAUGACCCCACCGGUACGGAGAAAAGAAAGGCCUUGUACGCCAAGGAUUACAAGAUGCUGGGUUUCAUGAACCACUUGAACCCUGCAAUGGACUUCACUCAGACACCCCCUGGGAUGUUGGCUCUGGACAACAUGCUGUACCUGGCCAAGGUCCACCAGGACACCUACAUCCGGAUCGUCCUGGAGAACAGCAGUCGCGAGGACAAGCACGAAUGUCCCUUCGGCCGCUGCGCUAUCGAGCUCACCCGGGUCCUCUGUGAGAUCCUCCAAGUUGGAGAACUGCCCAACGAAGGCUGCAACGACUACCAUCCCAUGUUCUUCACCCAUGACCGGGCGUGGGAGGAGUUCUUCUGCGUCUGCAUUCAGCUGUUGAAUAAGACCUGGAAGGAGAUGAGGGCCACUGCUGAGGACUUCAACAAGGUGAUGCAGGUGGCCCGGGAGCAGAUCACCAGAGCCCUGGCCAUGAAGCCCUCGUCUUUGGACCAACUGAAGAACAAGCUGCGCGGCCUCAGCUACUCAGAGAUACUCCGGCUCCGACAGUCGGAGAGAAUGAGCCAGGAUGACUUCCAGUCCCCGCCCAUCAUCGAGCUGCGAGAGAGAAUCCAGCCGGAGAUCCUGGAGCUCAUCAAGCAGCAGCGGCUCAAUCGGCUGUGCGAGGGCAGCUGUUUCCGGAAAGUGGGGAACCGCCGCAGGCAAGAGAAGUUUUGGUUCUGCAGACUCUCUCUGAACCACAAAGUGCUGCACUAUGGCGACCUGGACGAGUCGCCUCAGGGCGAGGUGCCUUUGGAGAUGCUCAGCGACAAGAUCCCGGUUUGUGACAUCAAGUCCGUGGUGACCGGGAAGGACUGCCCUCAUAUGAAGGAGAAAAGUGCUCUGAAACAAAACAAGGAGGUGCUGGAGUUGGCCUUCUCCGUCCUCUACGAUCCCGACGAGACUCUCAACUUUGUUGCGCCAAACAAGUAUGAGUACUGCGUCUGGACGGACGGCCUGUGCGCGCUGCUGGGCAGAGAGAUGGGCAGCGACUUGACCCGCAGCGACCUGGACACGCUCAUCAGCAUGGAGAUGAAGCUCCGCCUCCUGGACCUGGAGAACAUCGCCAUCCCGGAGGCCCCGCCCCCAGUUCCCAAGGAGCCCAGCUCGUACAACUUCACGUACAAUUACAGCUGAGGUGUUUUGAUUGUAAAAGGCCGAGAAUGUGGGCGUGGGCUGCAUUCUCAAGUGCCGUACUCUCCGGGGCUAUAGAACGCACCAGUGGUUAAGCCACACCCACUAAACUUAGAAUAAACAUAUAUGUUUACAUAUCUUAGCCACACUAGAUUUUAAGCCGGUACGAAACAGUUCAUAAAUCUUUAUUUACAUACCUGAAAUGGUUUCCAAACUGUGUCUGCAACAAGGCAGUAAAACGGCUGAUCAGACAAAACAGAAGUCAUCAUUAAUGACCCACUAGCUACAGAAGCUAGCCCUCCAAUCAUCUAAACAGACUCAAUAACUCCACGGUGACGCUUUUGUGAAUUUACCGAGGAACUUUGUGAAACUGAAACAAUCCGAAAAGUAAACGUGUUAGCAUGUCCGCUAUCUGCUUGAUUACAUUACGACAGCACGUCCAAUUGGCCAUGAAAACACUCUGACAGAGAUCCCACAUGGGACGUUUUAGUAAGUAGGAAUUGUUUUAGUUCUAUUGUAAAACUUACAAACGUCGCCGGGAGCCAUGAAUUGGAUAACACAUACCAGCAGAAACACCACGGACGGUUAUAAACAGAAAGUCCAUUUCUAACUUGCAUCCGAAACAAAAACACAGCUUUUUCAGCAUCGCCGUUUUAUGAAAGCUAUUUGUCGAGUACAAAACAUCAUGGGUGUUAGCGAAGGAAAAAACAGUAAAUUAGCCGCACCGUUUUAUAAGCCGCAGGAUUCAAAGCGUGGGGGAAAAUAGUAGCGACUUAUAGUCCGGAAAAUACGGCAGUUUCUUUUAAACUUGCUUUUUUUGUUGCUUACAAUGCUUUUUAUGACUAGUCCACAUCAUCUGAGCCGUGUGGGCGUGUUCCACACUUUUAUCUCCACUUCCCACCUCUUUUUAGUAUUAGUAUAUUAUUGUUAUUAUAUAUAUAUAUAUAUAUAUAUAUAUGUAUAUAUAUAUAGGCGCCAGCGCCCCCCGCGACCCCGAAAGGGAAUAAGCGGUAGAAAAUGGAUGGAUGGAUGGAUAUAUAUAUAUAUAUAUAUAUAUAUAUAUAUAUAUAUAUAUAUAUAUAUAUAUAUAAUCAUAAAAAUAUAAUAUUAUAAUUAUUGUUAUUAUUACUGUUAUUGUUAUUAUUAUUAUUAGUGGUAUUAUUAUCAUUAAUAUUAUUAUUAUCAUCAUUAUUAAUAUUAACCUCUUUUUAGUAUUAGUAUAUUAUUGUUAUUAUAUAUAUAUUAUUAUUAUAAAAAAUAUGAUAUAAUUAUUGUUAUUAUUAGUGUUAUUAUUAUUAGUGUUAUUACUAUCAUUAUUAUUGUUAUUAUCAUCAUUAUUAAUAUGAAUAAAAACAAUAAUAGUAGCAUCAUUUUUUGUAUUAUUAUUAUUUAUAUUACUGUUAUUAUUACUAUUACUAUUUUUGUUAUUGUUUUUAUUUGUGUUACUAUUGUUAUUGGUAACAUUAUUUGUGUCAUUAUUGUUAUCAUUAUUAAUAUUACUGAUAAUAACAACAAUAAUUAUAAUAGUAACAUUAUUAUUAUUAGUGUUAUAUUAUUACCAUUGUUAUUAUUAGUAUCAUUAUUAUUAUCAUUAUUUAUUAUCAUUCUUAUUAAUAAAAAACAACAAUAAUGAUAAUAGUAUCAUUAUUUUUACUAUUAUUAUUACUAUCAUUAUUAUUGUUAUUAUCAUUAUUAAUAUGAAUAAAAACAAUAAUAGUAGCAUCAUUUUUUGUAUUAUUAUUAUUAUUUAUAUUACUGUUAUUAUUACUAUUACUAUUUUUGUUAUUGUUUUUAUUUGUGUUACUAUUGUUAUUGGUAACAUUAUUUGUGUCAUUAUUGUUAUCAUUAUUAAUAUUACUGAUAAUAACAACAAUAAUUAUAAUAGUAACAUUAUUAUUAUUAGUGUUGUAUUAUUACCAUUGUUAUUAUUAGUAUCAUUAUUAUUAUCAUUAUUUAUUUUCAUUCUUAUUAAUAAAAAACAACAAUAAUGAUAAUAGUAUCAUUAUUUUUACUAUUAUUAUUACUAUCAUUGUUAUUAUUAGUAGUAUUGUUAUCAUUAUUAUUAUUAUUAAUAACAAUAAUAAUAGUAUCAUUAUUAUUAUUAUUAUUAGUAUCAUUAUUAUUAUAAAAUAACAAUAAUACAAAUGGUAUCAUUAUUAUUAUUAUUAUCACUGUUAUUAUUUUUAUUAGCAUCAUUAUUUUUAUUAUUAAUAAUGAUAAUAAUAUCAUUAAUAUUAUUAUUAUUAACACUAAUAUAAUUAUUAUUACUACUACUGUUAUUAUUAUCAUUAUUAUUAUUGUUAUAAUUAUUAUAUUAUUAUUACAAUUUAUUCCAUUAUUAUUAUUAUUAUUAUGACUAUUAUUAUUAUUAUUAUUAUAAUCAUUAUUAUUUGUAUUAUUAUUUCCAAACACCGACAGCGAGACUUCUAUUAUUGGAACCUCUUUUCUUUCAUCAAAACCUUCAUCACAAACAUAAUUUUGUUACCUGUAGUAAAACAUAAAUCCUAAUAAUGUCAUGAUUCCAACCGCAAGCAGUGAAGAAGAGGUUGUACAUUUCAACUCGUGUUUAUAUGGAUAUUACGUACUGUAAGUAUUUCUAGAGAUGUAUUUAAACAAAAAGUGCUGAUUGUUCCGCAACCAGUCAGCGUUAAAAACUGGUUCAUGUUGUUUGAAAUAUUUAAAAAGUGGAUAUUUACCUGAGUUGUGUCGUGAUGAUGUCAAGGUCCUCAUCUUUGCAGACUCUUCGAGUGGGAAGAAGUCAUCCCAAGCACGGUAAGAACACGUUGGAUCAAUGAUGUCAUUCGGAAUAGAAUUCUAUUUUUGUAAACCCUGGUACACUGUGAGAAGAAGGCGUAACAUGACUUUUGCUGUGCUAAAUGUCGCGUAAUGUUUCGGAAAUAUUGAAUAAUCUGGGCUGCUAACCUGCGUCGUCGUGCUUUUAUAUUUGUGACGGUGAAGAAGUGGCUAGCGGGGAGGGGACCUGGCAUUUUGGACAAAUAAAACAUCUAAAUAUGUGCAGUGUGUAUAUAUGCUGUUGUAUUGCAGUUUUGUGUCAAUAAAUGUCAAAUAUUUACACUGUAA